GUUGUCGAACGGCUGAGCGCAUCUGUAUUCAUUUUUAUUACUUUUUACAGUAUGUAGGUACUAUGUAGUCUACAAAUCUACAGUAUUUUAAACAAUAGUUCAAUUUAUUCGAAUCAUAUUUUUUCUCCACUCUCAGGACGUAGAUUGUCAUUUUAUGAACUACAUUAUUCUUGACCCUCAAUCGUCUUAUUAUUUGUUUUUGAUAGUCAUAUGAUACAAUAAGUAUAUCAUAAGUAAUGAUUAAAUAAUUUUAAAAAAAAUUGAAUAAAUAAAAUUUUAUCAAGUUUCAUUAAAUUUUACUUUAUGGAAAAUGAAUUUAGAAGUAUCACGUGUGAAUAAGUAAGUGUAUACGUAUUAUAGUAGUGUGUGUAAAUGGCAUACUAUAUACCUGUGUAUUAUAGAUUACUAAAAUUGUUGUAGACUAACCAGUCGGAACUCAGGCACUAUGAAUCUUAGUGGUUAUGAAGAUCUUGGUGUCAGUUUGUUAAAGAAGGAAAAUUCAGAAGUCUCCAAACGUAGCCGAUAUUUAAACCCAAAUAGCACGGUAAAAUAUUUAACAAUAUUUUUUUUUUAAUCAAGGAUACUUAUGUAAACAGAUAAAUAUUAAAAUGUAUUAAGUAUUUAUAUUAGUUGAUCUUUAAAUUGUACCUAGGUACAGUUUAUUAAACAAAUUUCUUAUUUCAUAAAAAUAUUAUUAUAAUAUUAUCUAAUUGUGAUUAUUAAAAUCUAAACUGGAUGUAAAUCAAACAUUUAUUUUUUUAGAUAUGGCCAAUGGGAUAUGGUUUGGUUACUUCCGUGUACAAAUAUAAACAUAAAAAGCGUAUUGUAAACCAUAGUAAGUAAAAAUUUAAUCCAAAAAUACUUAAAUAAUCAUUCAUUAUUGAAUAUUUGAUUAUAGAUCAAUUUGAUGGUUUACCAGAAGAAUUAAUGCUUUAUAUAUUCAAAAUGUUGGACAAACCCACAUUGAUAAAAUGUGCUUUUGUAUGCAAAGAAUGGAAACGUAUUACAUAUGAUGAGUCUUUAUGGCAUAGUUUAAACAUUCCAUGUCGCCGUAUGAGUUUAAUGACUUUAGAUAAUAUUCUUAGACGUAAUGUUAGGUUCUUAUCCAUAUCUCAUUCCAAUGUAAGUUAAACACUUUAUAAAUUAAAUAUAAUUUCUAAUGUAAUAAUUAAAUUUUAGAUAUAUGUUGACAAUGGCCAUUUAUUCGAAACAUUAUUACCUAAAUUACAAUAUUUAGAUGUGAGUGCUGUAUACAUUAAUGUACAAAGUAAGUUUAAUAAAAUAUAAUAAUAAAAUAAAUUACUAAUAUUCAAAAUACUAUAAUAACUUUUGGUUUUAUUUUCAGUUUUAAAUUCAUUGUUAAAUCAAUGUUCUAAUUUAGUAAAACUAAGUUUGGAAAAUUGUCGUUUAAACCAAGCAUGCUGCCAAAAUAUUGAACGCAAUACUAAAUUAAAAGUGCUGAAUUUGUCUUCUACGAGAGGUCUUGAUAUUUGUGGACUAAAGUCCAUAAUAUCACUGAAAAAGUAAUUGAAUUUGUAUUUUAAUGUAUUAAAUUAAUUAUUUAUUUGUUAAUAUUUUUAUAUUUUUAUUAUAUAUUAGUUUAGAAGAACUAAAUGUAUCAUGGGCUCAAAUGUCAGACGAUGAUGUGCAUUUUCUAAUUAGCAAUAUGAUCCCAACUAUUAAGUGCCUUAACAUUAGUGGGUUUUUGAAACAAAUAGCAGAUUAUGGUAUGUUUAGCUGGAUCUAUUUGCUUUUUUUCUUUAGCUUAACAGAAGAUUUAUUCAAAUAGUAUUAUUCUAAAUACUAUUUCAAUUUUGUUCAAAAAAAAAAUAUAUACAUAUGUAUACAAUUAUAUUAACACACUAUUGGGAUAAAUACAUUAUAACAAAUUUAGACAUUUAUUCUUUUAAUUGUUUGAAAUGGGUUAAAGAAUGCAACAUUUUACCUUUUUGAAAUUGAAUUUAGCUCAUAAUUCUUAACUAAAAUAAUUUAGUCUAUAAACCCAAUUCAAUUUUAUUAAAUUACUUUUAGUUGAAAUAAAAUGUUUACUUAUAUUUUAAUACAGAGUUCUCUUUUUAAAAUUCAAAAUCAUGUGUAGUUAUUAUAGGAAAUAGUUAAAAUAUAUAAAUUAUUAUUUUAUAAUAAUUUUUUAAUUCACUAGUAAUAUUUUAAAAAAAACUUGAGGAAGUAUUUUAGUUUUUAGUAUCAAAUCUUGUAGUGUAUUUUUAGUCUAGAUAUUGCUUAUUAUUAUAAAUAUAAUGUUCUUUAUUUAAAAGAUUAAUUGUAAAGUUUUAUCACUGUCAGUAGAGUAGCUCAAAUUGGUUUAUACGUGUAUUUUAAAAAUAUUUUUGUAUUAAAUUAUUAAGCUCAGCCCGGAUUUAAAUUUUAAAAAGUCCAAACAAUGACGGUCCAUGUCAUGCUCGACCCAUGUAGGUCUUUAAUAUCUAAUAUAAUUUAAAAGUAAUUAUUUUCAGAUUUAAUAUCUUUGACUCGCCGUUGUCCACAAUUAAUUGAAUUAGACAUCAGUGAUAACUUGGCUAUUACAUCUGAUAGUUUAGACUGUAUUUUACAGAAUCAACCAAAUCUCAAAGUGUUAUCCAUGAGUCGUUGUUAUAAUGUUGGUGUUUCAUUUUUUCAGUAAGAAUUUAUCGUGUAUAAUAAACAAAUUUUUUUUUGCAAUAUGACAAUUAUUUUUUUUUCAGAUUUAAUACAUUAAAAGUGAAAAUAGAUAACAAAUUGAAAGAAUUGAACGUAUUCGGUUUAGCUAAUCAAGAAAUUUAUAGCACUAUUAGUGCUCACAUAGCAAAUAUGGACGUAAACAAAAAUAUGUUUUCUCGUAUAGCUCGCCCUAAACCAUUUGAUAAUCGACAGACUAUUUGGGAAAUUCCAGUUCCUAUUGAUUGUUGACUUAUCAUUAUUAUACUGCACUAGGUAUAUAUUCCAUUGCUGAUAUUGUGAUUUUAUUUAUUAAAUAUCAAUUUGAAUUAAAAUAUUUGGAAGACUCAUGAUUUAUUUAUACUACUAAUAAGUGGAACUAAAAAUUUACUUUAGACUGAGUUAAUUUCCUUUUUAUUUAGUUAUGGAAAAUGGAAUUUAUUUAAAAAGUUAUUAAUCUAA